AUGUUGGGCAUGAUCAAGAACUCGCUGUUCGGGAGCGUGGAGACAUGGCCUUGGCAGGUCCUGAGCAAAGGGGACAAGCAAGAUAUCUCCUAUGAGGAACGGGCCUGUGAAGGCGGGAAGUUUGCCACAGUGGAAAUGACAGAUAAGCCUGUGGAUGAGGCUCUACGGGAAGCAAUGCCCAAAGUGAUGAAAUAUGUGGGAGGUUCCAAUGACAAAGGAAUUGGGAUGGGAAUGACCGUUCCUAUUUCCUUUGCCGUGUUCCCCAGCGACGGUGGCUCCCUACAGAAGAAAUUAAAAGUCUGGUUCCGGAUUCCAAAUGAAUUUCAAAGCAACCCACCAGUUCCCAGCGAUGACAGCAUUAAGAUCGAGGAGAGGGAAAGCAUCACCGUCUAUUCCUUGCAGUUUGGUGGUUACGCCAAGGAAGCUGACUAUGUGGCUCGUGCCGCCCAGCUGCGCACUGCCCUGGAGGGCAUAGCCACCUGCCGGAGUGACGUCUACUUCUGCACAGGCUAUGACCCUCCCAUGAAGCCCUACGGACGUCGCAACGAGGUCUGGCUGGUAAAGGCAUGA